AUGAAUAAUGGGCAUACCCAAAUAUUUACCAAGGUUUUCACCUUCCCGGAAUCCCAGCCGCUGGCUCAAAGAAGACCGAGCCUCCACCGUCAAGUUAGGGGAGAAGUAGGCGUGCGUCUUGUGCUCACUCACACGUUGUUUCUCACUCAAGAGAGAGGAGAGAGGAGAGAGGAGAGAGGAGAGAGGAGAGAGUUCAGGUGUGGAAGUGCUUCCUAUUCUCGCGAUUAUACUCUGGAAAAGACGAAGAUUCGGUUAUUGGUAAGUUCCGAUAUGGCAGUUGCAGGAGCUGGUAUAAGGUAUGCACCUGAAGAUCCCUCCCUCCCCAAACCAUGGAAAGGACUUGUUGAUGAUAAGACUGGUUAUCUGUAUUACUGGAACCCAGAGACCAAUAUAACCCAAUAUGAGAAACCUGUAGCCUCCUCAUUGCAUGCAAGCUCUGCAUCAUCUCACAAAGCUCUGAGUUCGUCGGUCCAAAAGCUCCCCAAGGGACAUCUACAUGAAAACUAUGAUGACGAUAGAUAUACUAAAGAUGGCAUGAAUGGAUCAGCAAAGACAGCCAGAAGCAGACCAGAUUAUUCUCCACGUGAUGCAGAUUUCAGAAGCAGUGGACAGGGAUCAUAUGUUUCUAAAGGUGUGGAAAGCGGUGUGUCGGCAGAUUCUUAUCGGCGUCGCCAUGAGAUUUCUGUUACAGGAGAUAAUGUUCCUCCACCUUUCUGCUCAUUUGAAUCCACUGGUUUUCCUUCAGAGAUAUUAAGGGAGGUACAGCAUGCUGGUUUUUCUGUUCCUACUCCAAUACAAGCGCAGUCAUGGCCAAUUGCUCUUCAAGGGCGUGAUAUAGUAGCCAUUGCUAAGACAGGAUCUGGGAAAACUUUGGGCUACUUAAUUCCUGGGUUCAUUCAUUUGAAACAGAGGCAUAAUAAUCCUAAAUUAGGCCCAACAGUUUUGGUGCUUUCUCCGACAAGGGAGCUUGCAACUCAGAUACAAGAUGAAGCUGUUAAGUUUGGAAGAUCGUCUAAGAUAUCUUGCACGUGUUUAUAUGGAGGUGCCCCUAAAGGUCCUCAGUUGAGGGAUCUUGACAGAGGUGUAGAUGUGGUGGUUGCUACUCCUGGUAGAUUGAAUGACAUUCUGGAGAUGAGAAGAGUUAGCCUCCACCAAGUGUCGUAUUUGGUCUUGGAUGAGGCAGAUAGGAUGCUGGACAUGGGGUUUGAACCUCAGAUCAGGAAAAUCGUGAAGCAGGUGCCUUCUCGGAGGCAGACCCUUAUGUACACUGCAACAUGGCCCAAGGAGGUGCGCAGAAUUGCCGCUGAUUUACUGGUUAACUCUGUUCAGGUUAACAUUGGAAAUGUCGAUGAGCUUGUUGCUAACAAGGCGAUAACUCAGUAUGUUGAAGUUCUGCCACCCAUGGAAAAGAGGAGACGCCUGGAACAGAUACUGAGAUCUCAAGAACCAGGAUCAAAGGUUAUUAUUUUCUGCUCCACGAAGAAAAUGUGUGAUCAGCUUGCUGGUAACUUAACUCGGCAGUUUGGAGCUGUUGCUAUUCAUGGAGACAAAUCUCAGGGCGAGAGAGACUACGUUUUGAAUCAGUUUCGCAAUGGAAGGUCCCCAAUACUAGUAGCUACUGAUGUGGCAGCUCGUGGUCUGGACAUUAAGGAUAUAAGGGUGGUCAUAAACUUCGACUUCCCUACUGGAAUCGAGGAUUACGUGCACAGGAUUGGAAGAACCGGGCGGGCGGGAGCUACUGGAGUUUCCUACACUUUUCUUUGUGAUCAAGACUCGAAACAUGCAGCCGAACUUGUCAAGCUUUUGGAGGGAGCCAAUCAGCGUGUGCCCAAUGAGGUCCGUGAUAUGGCUUCCCAUGGUGGUGGACGAGCAAAACGCCAGUGGGGCCUGGGUUCUGGCGGCCACUUCGCCGGAGGUCGUGGGAGGGCUGGUGGUGGCAGGUGGGGAGUGUCGUCAUCUCCCGAUAGGAGAGUUGGCCGUGGUUAUGAUCGCGAUCCACGUGAUAGACACGGUUAUGUUGUUCCAAGCGGGCAUGAAACAAUUGCAAACGGAAGCUUUGGUAAUAAGAGCUUUCAGGAGAGCAUGAAUUCUGCUUCCAGGAAAAGAGUCAGGAGUAGAAGCCGAAGCCGAAGUCCCGAGAGAUUCAAUUCCACACGGAAGGAUUUUUAUGAUUCUAUCCCGGGCCGGGCUCGGUCACCACCGCCUAGGAGUGGGCGGGCCUCACAUCAUCGAGAAGAAGGCAUGAUAAAAAAGGACAAUGGUUGGUUAGGUUGA